AUGGAGUCCGGGGGAAAGAAUUACAUGUCUUCACUCAAUGAACACUGUCAGAAAAACAAACUGUCUCUGCAAUUUGAAGUGGUGAAUACUAAAGGACCAGAUCACAUAAAAACGUUCACUAUACGGGCGGUAGUGAAUAAUGAGCCUUAUCCUGAUGGAGUUGGGCGAAAUAAGAAAGAAGCGCAUCAAAAUGCUGCGAAAAACGCCCUUAGCUGCUUACAAAAGGACGAACCUGUUGGUCAGACACCAAAUCAGUGCUCAUCUGACAGUUCUUUAAAUUUCACUCAAGCCAACUAUACCUGCUGGCUCAAUGAAUACUCAAUGAAGAACACAUUAACUUUUAAAGCCAUAGAGACCAUCAAAAGUUCUCACAACCUGUCCACUCUUUAUGCUUGUAAGUUUAUUUGUGGCGAUAAAGAAUUCCCAGAAGCUGAGGGCAGAGGAAAGAAGGAAGCUAAGGAAGCAGCAGCUAAACUUGUUUAUGAAGAACUGCUUAAAGAAAAUACAGAAGGCAUCAAUGAAAAUGGCAACGGACCACAAAAUACAAAUAUCCUAGCUCUGAGCAGCUCUCUGAGCCAUCUGUCACUGGACUCCAGUAAUAAUACUGAGAGUAAUUUUAUAGGGCACAUCAACCAUUACUGCCAAAAAGCUAAGGCUACCUGCGACUAUAAAUUAGUGGACAGAAGAGGGUCUUCUCACAGUCCUGAAUUUGUAUACAAGGUCUUGAUAAAAAACAAAGAAUUUCCUGAAGGAUGUGGAAAGACUGCAAAAGAGGCUAAACAAAAUGCAGCCAGGUUAGCCUGGAAUGAACUCCAAGAACAGUCAGAUUGGAGUCAGAUUGCAAGUACAUCAACUAGUUCUCCAUCAACAUCCAAAAUGAGUGAGUCUGCUGAUGACGUCAGCUCAUCACUGAAUACGUCCAAAAAUCAGACUACAGACGAUUCUGUUGUCUUUAAAGACUCAUCUUAUGAACCAGAACCAAAAAAUUGCAAAGAUGUAAAGCCAAAAGUGAAGUUAGCGGCAAACUUCCAGAAUUCACCUACGAACAUUAAAGUGGAGAGACCUAAUAUGAAUGUCCCUCAACAACCUUCAAAAAAAGAUUCCACAGGGGUCAAUCCAUCAACAAAAACACGGCUUGAAGAAGAUUUUGAGUCUAUAGAUCGAAUUGGAAAAGGAGGUUUUGGUCGUGUGUACAAGGCCAAACAUACAAUUGAGGGAAACUAUUAUGCUGUUAAAAUAGUAAAGUUUACCAAGAAGGCCAAAAAUGAGGUGAAAGUUCUGUCUCGUCUUAACCAUGUUAACAUAGUCCGAUACCACACAGCAUGGAUAGAGCACACCGCUUAUGGAGGCGACUUUUCAGAAAGUUUCAGCACUUCCAGCUCUGGCAGUGCAUCGGACCGCAAAUACCUCUACAUUCAAAUGGAGUUCUGUGAGGGAAAUACUCUUUAUAAGUGGAUUGAUGAAAAAAACAGUGAGCCUGAAGAGCACCUACAACGAAGACAGGAAGCAGCGGCGAUCAUGAAUCAAGUCCUGGAUGCAGUGUGUUUUGUGCAUGAAAAAAAACUCAUUCACAAGGAUUUGAAGCCAGCAAACAUAAUGUUUAAGAAUGACAACACGGUGAAGAUAGGAGAUUUUGGACUUGUUACUGAGGAAGCGGAAGAUACACUGGAAUACAGUAGGGGUGGAGGAACUCGUUCUUACAUGAGCCCAGAACAGAUAGAGAAAAUGCCCUAUGACAGAAAGGUGGAUAUUUUUGCCCUGGGCCUUAUUUACUUUGAGCUGGUUUGGUUGCUUGAAACAGUGGCUGAAAGAUCAAAGAUUUGGAACGAUAUAAGAGAAAAGACGUUUCCAGCACAAUUCACUGUAAAAUUUGAUUUUGAACACAAGCUAAUCGGACAAAUGCUGUAUGUCAACCCUGAGGAGCGCCCCGAAGCCUUUCAGCUCCGGAAAGUGAUGGAGGAGUACUUACAGAAAUAUCAUUAAAAGUAUGCUGCAAGUAUGUGGACACCUGACUAUGAGCUUCAUGCAUCUCAUUGCAAAACCAUUGGCAUUAAUGUGGAGUUAAGACCAAUACAUCUCCCCACUGUAACAGCCUGUAGUUUUGGCAAACACUGGCCGCUAGGCAGGAGAACCCUUGACAGGGCGCCAAUGUUUUACAAGGCUUGAGCCACCCCAGCCCCCACCCAUCUCCAGACCUAGCCAAUCAUGUCUCUGUAUAUGCCUGGCCAGCUGAUUGCAUCGCUGAGACUGGAACCCGGUGGUGGUCUAAAGUAAUAAUACACAUCUUAGCUUUGUUUUUGGCUAAAACACUAGAACUCAAUAAAUGGGCGUGGCAUACACAUA